AAAUGCAGCUGGUUUUCAUUUUAAAUUCAGGCGGUUGAAAGAGCGAAACGGAAGAGCAGAAACACAGACACAAGAACCUAAUAAUCAUCAUGCAGAAUAAAGAGAACAGGGAACCCAGAGCUCUGCAAACUCAGGUGGCUGCUGUUGGUCCUCUCAGGGUCGGUGUGAAUCCAGACUCACACGCUGUUACAGGUCCUGGGAGAGUUCCUGUGAAGUCAAACACAAAGAAGUUCUCAAUCAAAGACUUCGACAUCGGCCGUCCGCUCGGGAAGGGCAAGUUCGGUAACGUGUAUCUGGCGCGCGAGCAGAAGCUGAAGGUGAUCGUGGCUCUGAAGGUGCUCUUCAAGUCUCAGAUGGAGAAGGAAAGUGUGGAGCAUCAGCUGCGGAGAGAGAUCGAGAUCCAGUCUCACCUCAGGCAUCCCAACAUCCUGCGCUUCUACAACUACUUCCAGGACAACACGCGUGUGUUUCUGAUCCUGGAGUACGCGCCGCGAGGAGAGAUGUACAAAGAGCUGCAGCGCUGCGGACGCUUCGACGAGCAGCGCUCUGCCACCUACAUGGAGGAGCUGGCUGACGCGCUUCUGUACUGCCACGAGAAGAAGGUGAUCCACAGAGACAUCAAACCUGAGAACCUUCUGCUGGGAUACAGAGGAGAGCUCAAGAUCGCAGACUUCGGCUGGUCCGUCCACGCGCCCUCUCUCAGGUAA